AUGCUAUUCGCCCCGAGCGGACCGCAGAGUCCUCGCCGUCGCAAUCGCAUCAAGUCCAUUCUCCUCACAAUAUUUCUCGUCCUGGCCAUUUACUUCGUCUUCUUCGCGCACCCCGAACCGUCCCAGAAACCCUCUACCAAAACCGAUUAUGCGCAGCUGCACAAAGCAACUCCCACCCCCAAAGCGGAUGAGCAGGCUCGUCCAGUGAUUCGAAGACGCAAGGAAAUGGUCGUGGCUAGCAUGAAGAGCGAUGAUACUUCGUGGUUCGCCGAGUACUUCCCAGACUGGUCCCGGAGCAUCUACGUGGUGGACGACAAAACAGCCCCAUUGACAGUGCCACAUAACAAGGGGCGCGAGUCAAUGGUAUACUUGACCUACAUCAUUGACAACUAUGACUCCCUCCCAGACGUCAUGCUCUUUUUACACUCCCAACGCUUCCAAUGGCACAACGACGACCCAUAUUACGACGGUGUAGCCAUGCUACGAAACCUGCAGGUCCCAUACAUAGAGAAAAAUGGUUACGUGAAUCUGCGCUGCGUCUGGACGCUCGGAUGUCCAGUCGAGAUCCACCCUCUCAGCGACGGACACCGUGACGACGUGCAUGCUGGCGAGUACUUCUUGAAUGCAUUCAAGGAACUUUUCCCCUCAUACCCAGUCCCAGAGGAGAUCGGUACCAGCUGCUGUGCACAGCUUGGAGUAAAUCGCACUGUUGUUCUUUCAAGACCCAAGAGCGACUAUGAACACUUCAGAAACUGGCUUGCGGCGACUACUUUGACAGAUGAUUUGAGUGGACGAAUUAUGGAAUAUUCGUGGCAUAUUAUAUUCGGACAAGGAGCAGUGCAUUGUCCUUCUGCGGAAGCCUGUUACUGUAAUUUGUACGGUCUUUGCGACUUGGAGUGCUCAGAAGGCUCCUGCGCCGGUCGCUAUGUAUUGCCGCCCUUCUCUUCCCUGCCCAAGGGUUGGCCAUACGUUGGAUGGAAGGGUCAGGCCCAGAACCCGAGUGAGGGUCUGCCAGAGUCGUGA